UCCACUCUUCAAUUUUCUUUGGCGCAGUGGAAGUUCUGGUACCGUACGGAAUAUCUUGACGAUUUCUCGUCUGCAAGCGUAGCUGUACUGGGGAAAGGUCACACAUCUCUUUCCGCAUUAUAAUGUCCGCUACGUUGUGUCUCGGCUUAGCACUACAAGUGCUGUUGGGCUGUGUGGUUUAUGCUGACCAGAACAGCGGCAACAGCAACAACGUCAACUGGUGGCCCGAUAACAAACCGGCAACAUCCCCACCAACAACUCCAACCACAACAGCGCCCCCAACCACAACCACGCCUGCCUACGUCCCGGCCGGCAGUCUCCCGUUGACCGCGUCCCAAACUGAGGUCUGCAACUGCAGAGGAUUUUUCACACAGAGCGGUCUGAUGUGCGCCACCAACGGCGUGACAUACAACAACACCUGCACGCUGCACAGCGCCAUCAAAGCCAGCAUGAUCGUCAACCGACCUAUUGGUCUUCGGUGCACCGGAAAAUGCCCUUGCAAUGACUCGAGAAUGCUGCUGGUGGCUAAUGCUCCCGGCGGAGCGUGCAAUGUGAACAAUGGGGCCAGAGCAGCGGUGUUCAAAAACUGGAGAAUGAAAAUGAAGUGCAACCCUGCACGCUAUUUUUGCAUGACCGAUGGUUCAGAAUUGAAACGCGCUGAGGUAUACUGCAAAAUGGCCAAAACCCAAGGUUUAGGAAUCCGUUGUUUUGGCAAGUGCAACGAGUGCAGCACAUACAACUGCCCUGCCCGCUUGGGAUCCGGUAUUCCCAUGUACGACGACUGCCCAGAGGCGACCCAGUAAACCUUUAUCCUUAUGCAAAAUCUAAGCCCUUCUAUGCAGCUUUUCCCAUCUCAACCAGAAAUAUCACGCUCAGCUGUGCGCUAAAUCACGUCGAAAGAUAUCAGCACGGCUUCUAUCAUUGUCUAGCACACAGCCAGCAAUAAAUAUUUAUUAAGUUAUUUUCGCACACGGCAGACAUUGUUGAAUGCACACGGACAAAAAUCGGAAAAAUUUGAAAAUGAAAAUGGUCGACUUCUA